UGUUGCAAGCAUCAGUUUUGCCCAAAUUAUUCUUUCUCACUCUUGAAACUGAAUCUGAAGUUGAAAACAAAGGGAAAAUGGCUCAUUACCGUAAUGACUAUCAAAAGAAUGAUGAAGUGGAGUUUGUCCGAACUGGUUAUGGUAAGGAUAUGGUAAAAGUUCUUCAUAUUCAGCGAGAUGGAAAAUAUCAUAGCAUUAAGGAAGUGGCAACUUCAGUGCAACUUACUCUGAGCUCCAAAAGAGAGUACCUGCAUGGAGACAAUUCAGACAUCAUCCCGACAGACACCAUCAAGAACACAGUUCACGUCCUGGCCAAGUUCAAAGGUAUCAAAAGCAUAGAAACUUUUGCUAUGAAUAUCUGUGAGCAUUUCCUUUCAUCUUUUAACCAUGUCAUUCGAGUUCAAGUCUACGUGGAAGAAGUCCCUUGGAAGCGUUUUGAAAAGAAUGGAGUUAAGCAUGUUCAUGCAUUUAUUCAUACUCCCACUGGAACGCACUUCUGUGAGGUUGAACAGUUGAGGAGUGGACCUCCAGUCAUUCAUUCUGGAAUCAAAGACCUCAAGGUCUUGAAAACCUCGCAGUCUGGAUUUGAAGGAUUCCUCAAGGAUCAGUUCACCACCCUCCCCGAGGUGAAGGACCGGUGCUUCGCCACCCAAGUGUACUGCAAGUGGCGCUACCACCAGGGCAGAGACGUGGACUUUGAGGCCACCUGGGAGGCUGUCAGGGGCAUCGUCCUGGAAAAAUUUGCUGGACCCUGUGACAAAGGCGAGUACUCGCCCUCAGUCCAGAAGACCCUCUAUGACAUCCAGGUGCUCUCCCUGAGCCAGCUUCCUGAGAUAGAAGAUAUGGAAAUCAGUCUGCCGAACAUUCACUACUUUAACAUAGACAUGUCCAAAAUGGGACUGAUCAACAAGGAAGAGGUUUUGUUACCAUUAGACAAUCCAUAUGGCAGAAUUACUGGUACAGUCAAGAGGAAGCUGACUUCAAGGCUGUGACAUUGUGGCCACCAGUGGGAGUCCAUGCUCCAUUGAGGCAUUCCUUAAGCCACUUGUGAUGCUGGAAAUCAUAGUGUAUAGUCAUGCAAAUUUUCAACCCAGUAUGUUGAUUUAUAGUGUUCAUUUUCCUCCUAAAUGAAAGAAUUCUUCUGUACCUAGCUCAGCAAAGUAUUUUGGGAUUAGUAAUUAAAACAUGUGUUGUGGAUACAGUUUAUUUCACAAAUGCUGAGUAGUAUUAGAAUAAUCAUAAAUCAGUAUUUCAUUUUAAUGGUCUUGGGCCUUCCUAUCUUAGAGGAGCUUUACAAUGCAUUCAAUAGGAAGAUAAUCAUGAAUCAAUGGAGGUGUGAUAACAGUUAAUCUUGUGAACAAAUUUAAGAAGUCAGCAUUGCAUUCAUCCUACUGAUGCUAAAACUUGCUCCUUGGCCAUGCAUAAAAUGUAAUGAUAAAGUAAUAUUUUGAAAAAUAUCACCACUGUGACUUCAAUUAGACUGAAUAUUUGAGUUCUUAAAUAUGCUCUGGCAUAUGUAUUAUUGGGAGUUUAUUUCUACUCUAAAAGUACUUUUGAAAUUUUAAUGUAUUGGUUUUAUGACUUUUACAGCCCUUAAAGAAUGUUUAGUACACACUGAGGCAUUGUAAAAAAGUGUAAAUUGUUUUUCUUUGAAUAAUGUAUCACUUUUGCACAGAGUCACAUUUAAUAAAUGGUAAGUCAUUCCCCAGGUGGCUGAAUAUACAUAUAUAAAGAAGACUAAAUACUAUAUGUAUGAAUAUAUCAGCAGUGAUGAUUUCUGGAUGGUGGGAUUAUGAGUGAUUUUUGUAUUUUGUCUUGUGAUUGAAUCUUCUAGAUAUGAACAUUUAUUACUUUUAUAAUCAGAGAAAUAAAUAUAAUUGAUGAUUUAAAGGUA